CAUAAAUGUGUUACAUAUAAAUGUGUUAUUGUAUCCGGGCUGGAGCCACUUCUUCCUGCAGCUGCAUUUCAUAAACCCCUAACGUUGACGCAGGGAUGCUGUCCUUGACUCGGUCAGUGGUCUGUGGGGUGGCACGCGUCCCGGCUGCUGUCAGCCAAAGUGGCGUUGCUGCUAUUACCCGAUACAACAGCACAGCGCAGAGCACUCCAAAGAAAACCAAGUUUGGACCAUUGGCAGAUGAGGACAGAAUUUUCACAAACCUUUAUGGUCGUCAUGACUGGCGGCUGAAGGGAGCCCAAAAGCGUGGGGACUGGUACAAAACCAAGGAGAUUCUUUUGAAAGGAGUUGACUGGAUUCUUAAUGAGAUCAAGACUUCUGGCCUGCGUGGGAGAGGUGGAGCUGGUUUUCCUACUGGCAUGAAGUGGAGUUUUAUGAACAAACCCAGCGACGGCAGGCCAAAGUACCUGGUGGUGAAUGCAGAUGAAGGAGAACCAGGCACUUGCAAGGACAGGGAGAUUAUGCGUAACGACCCACACAAGCUGGUAGAGGGCUGUCUGGUUGCUGGGAAGGCCAUGGGGGCUCGUGCUGCUUACAUUUACAUCAGAGGAGAGUUUUACAACGAGUCAUCCAACUUGCAGGUGGCCAUCAACGAGGCCUAUGCUGCUGGGUUGAUUGGCAAGAACGCCUGUGGCUCUGAUUAUGACUUUGAUGUGUUUGUGAUGCGUGGUGCUGGAGCUUAUAUCUGCGGAGAGGAGACCGCUCUCAUCGAGUCCCUGGAAGGAAAACAGGGGAAGCCCCGUCUGAAGCCCCCCUUCCCUGCUGAUGUGGGUGUGUUUGGUUGUCCAACAACUGUCGCUAAUGUGGAGACGGUGGCGGUGGCUCCCACCAUCUGUCGUCGCGGAGGCCCGUGGUUUCUGGGCUUUGGCAGGGAGAGAAACUCCGGCACGAAGCUUUUCAACAUCUCUGGGCAUGUCAACCAUCCUUGCACCGUAGAGGAGGAGAUGUCGAUCCCUCUGAAAGAACUCAUUGAGAGACAUGCAGGUGGUGUGCGUGGAGGUUGGGAUAACCUGCUGGCUGUAAUCCCCGGUGGAUCCUCAACUCCCCUCAUUCCCAAGAAUGUGUGUGAAGAGGUGCUGAUGGACUUUGAUGGCCUGGUUCAAGCUCAGACCGGGCUUGGUACAGCUGCUCUUAUCGUCAUGGACAAAUCUACUGACAUUAUCAGAGCCAUCGCCCGUCUGAUUGAGUUCUACAAGCAUGAGAGUUGUGGCCAGUGUACACCAUGCAGAGAGGGAGUGGACUGGAUGAAUAACAUGAUGUGGCGCUUUGUUAGAGGUGAUGCACGGCCAGCAGAAAUCGACAUGAUUUGGGAACUUAGUAAGCAGAUUGAGGGACACACUAUCUGUGCCCUAGGCGAUGGAGCGGCAUGGCCUGUGCAGGGAUUGAUAAGGCACUUCCGGCCUGUGAUGGAAAGUCGGAUUGCUGAACACCAGCAGCAUCAAAAGCAGCAGGCCAGGGCUUAAAUGGCUAUUUCAACCUCUUGAACUCUUCUUUCCUUCUCAUCUGCCCUUAAUCCUGUGUUGUCACUCAAAUUAUUUAAACGCAAUAUAAUGUGCCGUCAUCACCUCCGCAUCAAACUUUGCAUUGAUGUUGUUGCCUUCUUGGGUUAAACUACCAAUAAAGUUCUAUUACCUGAAA